AUGGCCUGCAAUUUCAACUGCUCAGCUCCCACCCCCGCAUUAUCUGAAAACAGCGAUAUCACUGGGAUUGGGAUCAUUAUCAACAAUAUAGUGACUGCCGGCUUCACUGUAGUGGUCAUUCUUCUCCACUACAUCGCCAUCUACGAUCCAACCCGGGAACCGUUUCAAAAACAUGGUCAAACUCCAGCAACUUCAUUUCGACCUAACCCGAUAGAUGAAAGCAUAUUGAACGGCCUCAGGUUAAUCCUAAGUCACGUACCUUUCGUCAACAAUGGCCGCCAAAAACGCGCAGACUUCUUACUCAAGUGCAUCCGAGAAUUGAGUGACAUACAAAUAGUGACGGGUUUCUCCAUCCUGGUCAGUGGGUUUCUCCAGCUCAGAUGCGGCCUAUCAACCUAUCAUUGGCAAGUCGUCGUCCACCUGGGCUGGCUUUCCUGCCUAACUCAGUUCUCCUGCUUAACGCUUCUGCGCAACCAUCUCCAUGAUCACCCCACUGAGCGGGUAUUUAGGUUGCUAGCAGUGGGUGUAUCAGUGAUACUAUUGAUCGUGGGGCUUAGUUUCACCGGAAACUAUCAUUGGGCUUUUGGCGCAGACAAUGAUGAUCACCCGACUCUUAGUGACCCUGCAAUUUGUUAUAUGCGCCCUCAUCCGGGAAUCAAUUCUGCAUUUUUGUCGAUGCCUUACAUGAUGAUUUUGAUGAUCUUUGGAUUUGCUUCGAGGGUGAUUAACCUCUACGAUACACUUUCAGUUGGUGUUGUUGGACGAGCCAGAACAUUCCUUGCACGGCCCAUACGAAGGUUGAUGCAUAUUGCGUAUGACUGGAGCGAUGUGAAUGACUGGAGAAAUGUGUCUAACUGGAGCGGCGCAUCGGGCUCACCACGGAGUCUGAAAUUGGUGCUUUGCUACCUUCCCCUCUUGUCUGUCUACUUCACGUGUUUGGUGCUCGUGGAUGUGUGGGAUUCUGCCGCUACAGAGGUCGGCUGGUUAACUAUCGCCUUUGUAUGUGGCAUUUCCCGAAUGAUAAGGACAAUAUACCGACCGGAACAAAUUGGCCUCGAGGCUUCGUUGACUGGUUUCAAUGAUUGGUCGUUUGGCCAAGUUGCUUCUGUGGUGUUACUGGCCGCACCGCUCAUCACAGUCAUCGAAUAUAUACAGGAAGAAGAUGAGCCUCGCGGACAAGAUGAGACUCCCCCAAAAGAUGAGACUCCCGCAAAAGACGAGACUGGCACACAGGAUGAGAUUCGUGUACAAGAUCAGACUCCUACCCAAGAUCAGACUCGCCCAAAGGACGAGACUCGCUCAGAGGAUGACGAACAACCUCUCUCUAACGGCGACACCGUACCUCUGCCCGAACUCGCUUCUACUCGCGCAGAGGAUGAGACUCACGUACAAGACAGAUCACAAACACUCUCUGACGGCCAAUUCAUACCCCCACUCGAACCCCGUUCUAUAGCAGACCCAACCACCGUGGACCUCAACGUCCCGCAUAAUGAUUGGGUCUCCCACCUCAAAAUAUCUGAUCUGAUCAGUGUACAUAUAGGCAGGUUGGCUUUUGCAGUUAUCCUCUGGGCGGCACAGGGUGAUCCUUUCGCCAAUACGACCACGAUAUUAUUAGACGCUUUCCUCUUCGCGGGUCUUUGGAUGUUUGUACUCAUUCUUUGCUCCUUGAUGGUGGAGACUGCAUUUGCGGACCGAAGACCUAACGCUACCCUUUUUCUCGAACAAGCGGUAAGGUUAUACAGCAUUGGGUUUAUGAGUGUAUCUCUCCCCAUUUGGGCGAAGCUUGUUUAUUGCCUCCUUCCACUCCCUAUUAUCGGUGUUUUGGCGUAUCGAUUUUGGUGUUAA